UUUAAAGAGAUGUAUACAAAGGGUAAAAUCUUGGUAACCGGGGGAGCUGGAUUUGUUGGGUCCCAUGUGGUACUAGAAUUAAUUAAAAGUGGUUAUCCUGUAGUCGUACUAGAUAACUUUGCCAACUGUCAAAUAUUGCCUGAAAAUCAAAAGCCAUCUUCCAUUAAAAUUGUAGAAUCCAUGACUGAUGAAACUGUCAUCUUCUAUAACGUCGAUAUCACAGAACGAUUGCAGCUGAUCAACGUUUUCCAAGAGCACGAUAUUGAAGUAGUAAUACAUUUGGCUGCCUUGAGGUACAUAGGGGAAUCGAAAGCACUGCCUGUGGACUAUUACCACACAAAUAUCACAGGAUCCUGUACACUGUUCCAGGUUAUGACUGAAUUUAAGGUUAAACAUUUAAUAUUUUCUUCAACGAGUAAUGUCUACGGCACACCAGACUAUCUUCCAAUCAACGAAAGUCACCCCACUGGUCUCCAGUGUAGAAGUCCUUACGAAAGGAGUAAAUAUCUCGUUGAAGAGAUUCUAAAAGAUGUAUGUCAUUCCGAUGAGGAAUGGAAGGUGAUUGCGUUGCGAUAUUUCACUCCAUCAGGGGCGCACGAAUGGGGACUGUUGGGUGAAGAUACAAUAAAAUCCCCGAAUAGUUUGUUCGCCCAUAUUGCCGAAGUUGCAAUGGGUGCUAGGGGCGAACUUUGCAUCCCGUGCUCCAAGGAUCAGGAACAGAGUGGUUUUAUUCGUGAUUACACUCACGUAAUGGACUUAGCGACGGGUCACAAAAAUGCGUUGAUGAAACUUGACGACCUGAGAGGUUGGGCGGCUUACAACUUAGGCACUGGAAGGGCUUACUCCUGCGUGGAAGUUAUUGACACCUUCGCAAAAUUGAGUGGAAAACCCAUCAAGUAUCGCUUAAAGCCUGCUCCCGGUGUCAGCUCAAUUGAAGUCAUUGCUGACACAUCACUUGCGCAGCAAGAACUGAAAUGGACUGCUUUUAAAGGAAUUGAAGAUAUCUGUAGAGAUACCUGGAACUGGUAUUGCAAUAAACAUAACACUUUGAAGUAGAAAGGAACAAAAUCCUACAAGUGCGUUCUUUGUAUAAUUCUUGAUGUUAGAAUAUAAGUAAAAUAUAAUUAGGCUUGUUUGACACUUAAAUCUACGUAUAUGUGAUGGAUAAGGCAAACUAAAUCAUUAAA